CAUCAAGCAAAUUUGAGUUUGUAAUCAUCUCUAUUCUUUCUUGGGUAUUUGUGUAAAACAAAGAGUUACAGAUCAAUAUGGACAACUCCCAAAGAGCUUCUCAUCAAGCUGGCCAGGCCAAGGGCCAAGCUCAGGAAAAGGCCAGCAACAUGAUGGACUCGGCCAGCAAUGCUGCCCAAUCUGCCAAGGAAUCAGCUCAAAAUGCUGGUCAGCAAAUGCAGCAAAAGGCACAGGGAGCUGCUGAAUCAGUCAGGGAUGCAAUGGGAGGCAACAAAUGAAGCUGAUCGAUGAAGAAUCUUGAUCAUCAUUAGCCUUUUUGUUUUGUUUCCCAUAUUUUCGAUUUCCACAUCGAUUUUUGUUCCCCACUUUUUAUCUUUCGGAAUUGAUUUUCGCUUUUGAAGUUGUACCUUUCUUCUGAUCUUGCAAGAAGAAAGUUUCCACAUUGUUAUCACUUGCUAUUCAAUAAUUCCAAGGAUUUUUCUACUCUA